CGCGGCGGAGGUUUAAUUUCUUGUGCAGUCACCGUUUAGACAUUACCGCGCGCACCGCGUACGCACACGCACACACGCCCGCUCGCACACACGGUCGCACGCGUCUAUCGCGAACGGACGUUUCCCGCACAAACGGUUUUGCGCCGCCGCACUCGUCGCACGCGUCUGACAACCGAGCACAAUCGUACGCGAUCGAAUUUUUUUUCCCUCGAUCCGUUCCUCUAUUUGCUUCGACCACCGGACGAACAACGCUACGAGUCACCACUGGCCGUGUGCGAAAUCGCACUCGUGUCACGAUAAUCCAGGUAUGUAUUUCGUGUAUUUCGACCGGUGCUCAAAACUCAUGACUUGCACGAAAGCGAUGUCCUCCAGUUCUUAUUGGAAACACGAAGAAAGAUACAAUCCCGUAGUGGUUUUCUCUACUAACUUGAAAGUCCAGUGAGAAAAAAGAAACUUAAAUUCUUCGGGAGACGGGUAAAUAGGAAUUGUUUGAUCCUGAACCUCAUUCCCGAGGAAAUCAAAACGAAGAAACUAUUACAGAUAAACCAUUAAACCAAUAGGCUACGUUCCCUAUCUCAUGCGCAACAUCCACCACCCGGUCGGCUUGUUCUGAAAUGAUUUCCAGACGAAGACAACACUGAACGGGAUCACACGACUAUAGGGUACAUCAUAGCAGUGCUAUAUUAAAUUAUAUACGUACGCUGCAAUAGAAAGCUGUCGACAGCGAAGAAGAUUCACACAGAUCCCGCAGAAAUUGUGUAUUCGUAGAGCGCGAAAAAUGAGAUCCACCGAGAUGAACAAGCUUUCGCUGUGUUUGAUGCUGCUCGUAAAAGUGGCGAUCUUGGGAUUGGCUAAGGGUGACUCGUCGCCAGGGCCCGUGUACAUCAAUCCAGAUUUAGCCUACGAGAAACCGGAACCAGUUGCUUCGCAGGUGGUGCCGGCGGAUUCCCAAAUCACGCAAACCGUAUAUGGAUUUUUGGACUUCACCACAACGAUUGGUAACACUGUUAUGGUUUUCAUGCCGCAGAGCGCAUCCAUUACACCGGGCACUACGACGGCCGAAGAACCAUCUACCACCGAGACCACAGCUACGACUACAAUUGAAGAAAAACCGAUUAUUUCAAAAGGGCAGUUAGAAGCGUUGCCCAUCGAUAUUAGCCCGAGUAAACCAGUGAACUUACCGAACGAUUCACAAAUCGAAGAAAUAUUCACCACUCCGGAUGAACCGUUAACCACCACGAAAGAAGUGACCUCUGCAGAACCUACGACAACAUCGACAACUACUACUACGAAGGAACCGCCGACAACGAAAAACGUGGUCAAGAAAUUGGAACAGGAGAAAAAGGCAACUGGUGCUCCAGUGACGACGAAAAAGACCACUGCGAAGCCUACUACGCCAAUCCCUCCGAAACCGGUCGAAAACGCGAAAAAAGAAACAGUGAUCAGUUCAAAAGUUACAGUGUUGUCGGGUUCAAAAGUUGUAGAAAAUAUUGUCUCAAAGGUAGACGUCAUCGAAGACAGCACUCCGGAGCCCUCAAAAGUGACGGAGAAACUGAUUUUCAGUAAGGUGGAAGUGAUCUCUGGUGAACCGGUUGAAGAAGUUGCCGUCAAUAAUUUGCAACCGACACCGGAAUACGAUUAUCUUUCCCGGCAACCAUCUGAAGUUGUGGACGAGACGUUCAAAGUUAUUGACUUAAAACCCAGUGUGUCGAGGCACAGCAGCAACCAAAAGAAUCGUGGACCUGAUGGAAAGGUUCGCGCGUUUAAUUCGGUGGCAAAUUUCAACACCGACGAAGAGUCGAUUACGACAAACAAGGCGCCGAAAAAAGUAGCCGUAAAAAUAUUGCCAUCGUCGUCUGGUAUACGGAUACUGAAAACAGCAGCACCGAAAUCGUCAACCAGGUCACCGAAUGUGGAGCCCACACCUGUUUCCUCUGGAUUGGACGACGAGUCUUUGGAAUCCUUGGUGGUCUCUCAGCCCAACUCUGUGUUGGUCCGGCAAUCCAGAAGACCAGCGAUUGGUGGUGGAUUCGGUAAGAACAAGUCUACUCCAAAGAGCAAGGUAACUAAGGAGUCCGACGACUAUUCGACAACUGACGAGGAUCAAAACGACUUCACCUCUCCGCAACAGAGCGAACCGACAACACCGAGCUACAGGAAGGGAUCAAAAUUCUCAUCGAAAGGAACAACGACCACUACGCAGAGAGUUCCUAGCUUCAAACAAAACAGAUUUUAUAGACCGACUACCGCGGAACCCGAGACGGAUACAACCGAAGGCGUAGCAACGCAGAGGAGAUUCCAGCCUAGUGCCAAACGCUACGACAGCAACAACAACGGUGCGACUUCUGCGGCCGUGGUGACGCCUGCCAAUCGGAGAACGUUUAAGAAACACUUCCAGCAACAGGAGCAACAGCAACAGUCCUCCUAUCAGCAGCAGUCGAGCCCACAACCCGUGCCCACCGCUCCACUGACAUUCAAGUCCAAGCUCAUCCGGCCAACCGGCCGUUGGGAGUACAAAACUUCGCCGAAGCCUCGUGUCACCAUCCGUCGUAUCGACGAUAUCCGCCACAACCAGGAGAAUGCCACCACACCAUUGACACCACAUUUUCAUCCAGACGUGCAAGUCGAUUCCGGUGAUCAGGCGUUGGCGGGAUCAGGACUGUUGCCAGCCUUGCAACACGACGACGAUAACGACGUUCUUAUCCAAGACGUAACCCCUACCGCGAGUGCUGAAACCAUUCGGGUAGAAAUAUCUACACCCGCUGAGUUUAAAGAUGUCUACUACGAGAUAGCUACAAUUAAAUCGCCAUACUCAUUCCAAGUGGGUACGGUGAAAAACACCAGAUUUAUCACGGUCACGUCAACCAUUCAAAAGAGCCUGGUCGAGCAGACGGAGACGCCGGCGCCGGCCCGCGUAGAACCACUGUCGGAGAACAUACUGGCCAGCCAGUCGCCCAACCCGUACGGCCGGGAGCAGCCGAUCGAUUCGAGCGUGGCCACGCUGCCACCGAUCGCCCUGUCACCAGACCAGGCGACGCCGCCAUUGGAAACGAUGACCGAGAGUUUCAGUACGACGGAACUGAUGCUGAAGACGCACGUUUUGCCGGUGGUGCGUGGCACGGACACCAGUAGCGUGACGCUGAUCCAAUCGUAUCGAGUAACGCGGCUUGUGACGGCGGUUAAGACGUUGCCACCAAUGGAGGUGUACCAGUUCGUACCCAGCAAGACGCUGAACGAGUUCAACACACGACUGGACGAGGCCGGAUCGGAGCUGCACCUGGAGCUAGAGUACGGCGACAACAACGAUGAGGAGUCGUCGUCGCACCCGAACGCAGCCAAAGCGUUCCUCAAUAGCCUGGACCUGGCCAACGUAGGCUCGGACUUCGACGUGGUAUCGCAUAUGGACCAACAUCGGACCACUACCGGCGGUGGGCCGCGGUCGAAGAAGGCGCACCGGGCAACGGCCUCCGGCAAUGGGACGAACACUGCGGACCAGCAGCCCCUGCUGCCGCUGAUGGCCGCCAUGAGCCCUGAGCAGCUGCAACAGCUCGCCCUGUACCGUUUGCUCAAUCCUAACGCGCCCCUGCCCGCACCCGUCAUCACCACAUCCCGACCAGUUCUGCGCUUCGAGACCGUGUUUGAGACGCACGCCCUACCCGUGGUCAACGGUGGUUCCACCUACUACACAACACUGUCCAGGCCAGUGGGCACCGUGACCCGUACCGACUACGAAAUGUUCACGACCACGCUAGCCGUUCCCCAGCCUCAGCAGCAGUUGCUGCCUACCCCUCUAUUUCCCCAGCAGCCGUCCCUGUUCCCGCAACAGAUGCAGCCGUCCCUGUUCCCCCAGCAGCAGCAGCAGUUGCAACCAUCUCUGUUCCCCCAGCAGCAGCAGUUGCAACCGUCCCUGUUCCCGCAGCAGCAGCCAUCGUUCGCCAUCACGUCCACGCCCGUCGUCACACAAUCCAUGGUCACGCAGACUGACAGCAGGGUCCUAAAGCUUACGUUCGGUGCCAAGACCGCGUAUACUACGAUCUACUCUAGCUCCGUAGUGCCCACCCAGGUCACGUCGUACAUCACGCAGUCCGUAGCAGUGCAGCCCACCGUCGCGCCGUUUCCCAACUUCAUACCGUAUGGCGGCUACCCGUUCCUGGGCUAAUAGGCCCUCCGGUCGUCGGUCGCCGUCGUCGCCCGCGUGCCAUUUAUUAUUAAACCUUUCGUUCUUGCGUCUAAACAAAUAAUUUUAACUAUAAUUAUUAUUAUUAUUAUUAUUAAUUUUAAUACUGUUGUAUAGCCAUAGACUUGUACAUAAUAUUAUAUAAUGUAAAAAACUCGCUCAAAUAUCGUAUAAAACGUUCGGUGGGAGCAUUAUUACUGUAAUGAUUAUUAUUAUUAUUAUUAUUAUUAUUAUUAUUAUUAUUAUUAUUAUUAAUCUUAUUAUUAUUAUUAUUAUUAUUAUCAUUAUUAUUAAUUUUAGUAUGUAAAUAGUGUCUUUUCAUCAGGACGGACCGGUCGGACAAUACUAUCUCGUGUACAAUGUAGUAUAGGAUUUGUUUCACUGGGCGCAUCCGUUGAGAUUGUUUUUAUACGUAGGUAUAUGUUUUCUGGUAAUUUUACUUAUAGAAUCUGCUCCCGACGUGUACUGAUUGCACGACACAAACGUUGUUGUCCAAAGGCAAAACUCGAUUCCGCGAUCACAACGCGUGUUGAAUCGUCGCAGCGGCAUAGUAGUAUUGCGUCGACCAUAAAUCCGCGUUCUUUUCGCGCUCUCGGUACACGUUAUUAGAAUAUCGUAUCGCAGGAAAUCUAAAAGGAAAACAGUAACAGUUGAUGCUAAGUACUGGUGCAGCUCUUGCGGCAAUAAUUAUUAUUAUACUGUAGCAUAUCAUAAAUGAUUUUUUCGCCUUAUCACGUCGUGCAUUGCCGUCGAACGUUGCCGCUCGUUCGUUCAUUUAUUACCCGACCCUAGAAUCAAACUUUGAAAGUCGGCCAAAAGUUCACGGUGUAUCUUCUACCCGGCGCUUCGUUUGCUACGAUUCUGACCCACGCCGACUACUCCUCAACCCUUCUACCCUCCGCUCAUCGGGUUAAAUAACAACAAAUCUGGAUGCAAGUCGUGAUUAAUUACUUUUUUCCGAUACAAAACGAUUUCCGAAAAGAGAGCGAGGUGCCAAAUACUAUAUUAUAAGAAGUCUAAAA